UCCGUUUUAGGUAGGUCAAGUUGUGUUUAUUUCGAGAAUAUUCGCUGUAAUUUGAUGGAAUGGCGAAAUUGGCUGUCAUUGUACUGAGUCUGAUCGUUGUCCAAGCGUGUCGAGCUCUAGUGUGUAAAAAAUGCAAAGAUUUUAAAUGUGACAGUUUGGAAAAUGAAACUUGUGCAGUGGAUGUCGGCAGUAAACAAGCAGCUUGUUUAACCUACGUCUACAAAGAUGCUAAUAAAACACAAGUAACGGAAAAGAGGUGCAUCAGUUUUGACAAAGGAGAUACAUACGAGUGUAGUAAGGCUCAAGUAGAGAAGAUUUCUUGUACGACGUGUACUGAAGACUUCUGCAAUAAUUCUGGAUGGAGGAGUAGUGCUAGCGCAUUAUUUUAUAUAAGCUUGUUGGCACCACUAUUACUUCUAAAGGUGACUUAAUUGUAUUUGCUCAACUAAUGUAAUAUAUAAUAAAUUAGGUGCUUACAA